AUGGCUCAAUUGGAUCAACCGAACACCUUACGGAUCGAAGGAUUUAUGACCGCCAAUUAUCCCAAACUCGUUGUGAUGGAAAUGUGCGAGUCUAACCUAGCUGAGUAUUUCGCUACUGAGGGACCAACCAUGCACCCCGUUGCCAUUUCGAAGCAGAUUGCUUGUGGAGUUGCCUAUCUUCAUACGAACCAAUUUAUCCUGCGACAUUUGGGUGUGGAUACUGUCUUGGUAGCUGGAAACACCUUCAAGAUCAAACUUUCGAGCAAAACAGAUGUCGAACCAGUUCUUGACAUCGUGAGCAAUCGUGGAACCGAUGAACUUUCCGGCUACAUUCCAUUACGAAACAGUGCACCUGAAGUUUUCACAAAGGGUAUCUUCUCACAAAUGUCCGAUGUGUGGGCGCUCGGUGUCCUCAUGUGGUCGGUUUGCUGUCGAAAUACGUCUGUGCCCUUCUGGGGACUUAGCAGGAGACAACUUGUGGACGCAGUACUCUCCGGCUGGCGACUGCCUCCGCCAGAUAAUUGUGAUUUCCCGGAAUUGCAAGAAAUGCACAGCUUGAUGUUAGCUUGCUGGGAAGAGAAUGCCGAACUCCGGCCGACCUCACGAGACCUUCGACACAAGAUUGAAAUUCUUCUUCAGGACGUCAACCCUCCAACACAAAUUGCCGUUUAA